AGCUGAGAUACUGCAAUCACUAGCUUUGGCUGAAGUCACCGGCACUCAAAUGACACCAAAAGGGGGCGCCAGGGAGUCGAUUCCUCUAUCAAUAAAAACUAACGACGGUUUGCUCGAUAAUUUGAACAACCCAAAUGGUCCAAUUACCACCCUUCCUCUUGAGAUCCUCAUUCACAUAUUACGUCUACUCAACAAUCCAACGCAUUUAUUAAACGCUUUAUUAGUUUGUCGCACCUGGUGUGCUUGUAGUAUAGAGAUACUAUGGCAUAGACCCUCAUUUCCGGCCGCCACUCCUUAUGUCAAGUUCGCUCACAUACUCGGCGGUCUAUACCCAAACACGCCUACUUUCCAUUACUCAAGCUACGUCAGAAGGUUGAACUUCUCUAAUAUUCACAACUGGAUCAGUGACCCCUACUUCCUCCCUGUGGCCAAAUGUAAUCGCUUAGAACGGUUAACAUUGACAGGAUGCAAAAAUCUUAGUGAUAGCAGCUUGGAAUUCGUUUUAGAAAGCUGUAAAAAUGUCCUAGCUUUGGAUUUAUCUGGUAUAACGAAGAUGUCAGAUAAGACACUCAAAGUGAUAUCCAAGAAUUGCAAAAAGUUACAGGGAAUGAACCUCACUGAUUGUGAUGGUGUGACAGAUGAAGGUGUUUCUGAAUUAGCAAGAGGUUGUAAACAUUUACGAAGACUUAAAUUAUGCAAUUUGAGACAGCUCACGGAUGUUACAGUCGUAGAAAUAGCCCAAAAUUGCCCAGAUUUACUUGAAGUAGACUUUACAAAGUGUUCAAUCUCGUCAUCUUCCGUAAGCUUAUUCUGGAAGAACGGGAUAAAUACGCGUGAAUUUAGACUAGGACAAUGCGCCUUUAUAGAUGAUUCCGCUUUCCCAUCUCCACCUCCACCUACGACAACCCCAUAUCAGUACACUUUAGUCAGUCAACCGCAAGUCAAACAUUUCGAAGUCUUACGACAUUUGGAUCUGACAAGUUGUACGUCAAUAACAGAUGAAGCGAUCAAAGGCAUAAUAGCACAUGCGCCCAAGGUGCGAAAUCUCGUCUUGGCAAAGUGCUCAAAUCUCACCGAUAUAGCAAUAAAAAACAUUUCAAAAUUAGGAAAGGCUUUACACUCAUUACAUCUUGGCCACGUGACGUCUAUUACUGAUGAAAGCAUUAUAGUUCUCGCUCGAAUGUGUACGCGUAUAAGAUAUAUUGAUCUGGCAUGUUGUCCAAAUUUAACGGAUAACUCAAUAACAGAAUUAGCAAGGAAUAUGCCAAAGUUGAAAAGAAUUGGACUAGUUAGAGUUACUAAUUUGACAGAUGUUUCAAUAUAUGCUCUCUGCGAUACAUAUACUCAACUAGAGAGGAUACAUUUAUCAUAUUGCGAAAAAAUUACAGUAAACGCGGUACACUUUCUCAUUUCAAGACUUCAGAAGUUAACGCAUCUUUCACUAAGUGGUAUACCUGAUUUUAGAAGACCUGAUUUGCAAAGGUUUUGUAGAGCACCUCCUAAAGAGUUUAGUGAACAUCAACGACAAGUGUUCUGUGUUUUUAGUGGUAAGGGUAUACAUGAUCUUCGCGCAUAUAUGCAAGAAGAGUAUGCGCGGGUAAGGAGAGGUGAUAUAUUAUUUGAAGAAUUACCACCAUUUCAUAAUUCAAGUAAUGGAGGUAGUGACACCAAUCUUCCAAGCAUAAGCAGUAUAUUAAGGCCAAGGCCUAAUAGACUUUUCGAUGUUUUAGGCUUGUCUAAUUCAGAUUCACAACAAACUUCAUCUGAUGCGGACGUACGACAAUUGGGUUUACAUAGUUUAGAAAUGCAACAGCAAGACUACUUCGAUCGGUAAAAGGAACAUGCAUCAACUUAAAUAGCAUAGCAUAACCAAAUUAUUUUAGAGCAUUAUUAAAAAUCUUUAUUAGUUCUAUAAUUCUUGCAUUGAUAUAAUAUUUUU